AUGACUCGAGUUUUCUCUGUGCCUUUUGCGUUUUCAAUUUUGGGGUUAGUCAUUAGUGGAGUUUUCAUUGGUGUGAUGUGGCUAGAAAACUAUCCAGUGGAUUCUCCUCUUCCUGUCGGGAUCGUAGUAGGAAGGACUUUACAAACAAUGGUGUCGUCAUCUUUCGUGUUGGUUCUCUGUGUGGUUUCUACUAUAUUAGAAUGCUGUUUCCAAACAUUUACUUUCAUCUGGUCACCGAUUCUAAUACAUUCAGAACCUUCUGCUUAUCAGGAGAUCAGCUUUGGAGCUAUAUGGGCUUCUCUUUCUGCAUCUUACUUAUGUGGACUUUCGGUUUUUUCAUCGCAUUACCUAAGAAAGGUUUCUAAUUCUCGGAUUUUAUGCGGUUCUAUUCUUGUAGCUACAUUCUCUUGGAUGUACAGUUUCUAUGAGCUAUCAGCUAAAGAAGAAAAAGCUUGGAGUGCAUUCAAUGCUUUGAUCGGUUUCCAUUUUUUCAACUUCUCCAUAGGACUCUUCAUGCCUGCAGCAGAUGCUCUUCAAGCUACUUUGAUACCAGGCGUUCAGAGAUCGAAUGUCUCAUCACUCACUCGGAUCUUUGUAAAUAUAAUGUGUUUAGUACUAAUACUCGGGGUAUUUCCUAAAUCUAACGGAUAUCAUGAUGUCAUUUUCAUAAUUCUAUGCCUACUGAUAAUCAGCUGUAUCCUCGUCAUCAUUUUGGAUGUAGCAUUAUCGAAGAAGUAUAAUCGGGAUCUGAAUGAUUUCAACCAUAUCAUUUUUAACGAAUCUAUUUCGGGUGUUUCAGAAGCUUGA